UCUUUGCUGCUGUUCGUCCGUAGAGAUUCUCUUGACUGAACUUUGUCAUUUAUGAACAAAUUACUAAUAUGUAUUUUUUUCGUUUUAAUCCGGGGAUACAAAUGAACACAAUCAGUUUUAUCGUGGCGAUGCAGAGAGGAUGCCUGCAAACCUUGAGACGACCUCAACUCUUGGCUUCCUCUUCUAUGAUACCGUACCGUCUACAGUCCACAGAAGUCAUUGCUGCUGCCCGCAUACCCUACAGAGUGAAGUUAAAAGCGGGCAAACACUAUGCUUGGUGUACAUGUGGACAUAGCAAGAAACAGCCUUUCUGUGAUGGAGCUCACCGGGCCAAAGCACCGAGCAUGGAACCAAUGCGCUUCACAGCUGAAAAAGAUCGGACCGUCUUCCUUUGUGCCUGUAAGCAAACCAAAAACAGACCUUAUUGUGAUGGAAGCCACAUAAAAGUAAUCUUCAAUGAUGUAGUAAACUAUGUGAAACGUGCAUUCAAGAAAUAGAGAAUCAUCCUUGAAGACAGUGUUGUGGAGUUGUACCAAAGUAUGCCAGUCCAUUGACAAAGCCAUGUAAAACUGAAGCACUGAAAAUCAUUUUGCUGCAUAUAGCAUGUACUGUAUACUGCAAUGUAUAAAUAUGAGAGCUGAUUACAUACAUUUUUAAGACCUUUUUUUUACCAUUAAUUUAUAUUAAUAAUUAAUUUAAUUAGACUUGUAUCCUAGUUCAUGUUGUGAAUGUAAUUCUGCUAGAUGUAUGUAAGAUCGGCCUCAUCUUUUAUUGUUUUGUGGGAUAUUUUUGUAUAAAUAAAUAAUAAAUGGCCUAUGCAUUAUCAAA